GAAUUAUGAAGCCAAAGAUGAAAGCCUACUGAGAUAAGUAAUGGCGAGUCCUUUGUCGGAAGACUUCUCUGUGGUGGUUUCGGGGUCGGAUUUGGGCAUCGACAGCCGGAAGUUUCAAUCGGAGCGGCAGCCGGAAGAAGAGGAUUGGCAUGACUGUUUUUCGUCUCUUCCCUCUGCCGGUGAUCAUAGCCUUGAUUACGCAGAACUUGACGCGCUCAACUUCUUCCGUCGUGAAGGAGGUUCUGAUAAGUCCGGGAACCGUAUUUUCCGCGUAGUCGGAAAGUAUUUCCCUGCUCCUGUAAUCACAGCAGAAAGGCUGAAACAGUAUGUGUUCCAUAAGAUUUUGACUGAGAUGCCAGAAGGGCCAUACUGUAUUGUGUAUAUGCAUAGCACCGUACAAAAGGAGGAUAAUUCUCCGGGGAUUACAAUCCUAAGGUGGAUUUAUGAAGAACUACCUGAUGAGCACAAAGAGAGGCUUCAGGUUGUGUAUUUUGUUCAUCCCGGACUCUGGUCCAGACUUGUCUUUGCCACUUUUGGAAGGUUCCUUUUAAGUGGAGGCUUAUACUGGAAAAUCAAAUACAUAAGCCGCCUUCAAUACCUCUGGCACGACAUAAAGAAGGGCCAAGUUGAGAUACCCGAAUUUGUUCAGCAGCACGAUGAUAUCCUGGAGCACAGACCUCUGACAGAUUAUGGCAUUGAGCCCGAUCCUUUGCAUCUCACAGAGGUUCCUACCAUGGCCUAUUCGUUUGGGAGGUAUGAAUCUGAGUGGGCAUCGAGGGAGCAUAGGAUUUAGUGUUUUGGUUGUCGUCUCCUUCAUGUCAAAUACAAAUACUCUGUUGUUGGAAGGAUUGAUUCGACGAGUUUUAUGCCUUGGCUUGUAAUGCAAAUUAGAACUUGAUUUUUCUUUCUGGGAUUGAUUUCUGUAAUUACCUUUGAAUGAAUUCUAUAUAUGCCAUGGUUUGUUCA